UCCGUCAUAUUAGGCUACCUUCACAAGGCGGCCUCCCAGGCCUCAUCUCCAGCGCUCCAAUCUCGAUGGGCUUGACGAGUGACAAUACCCUAGACACAGCCUAGGCGAGAGGUUUUAGAAUUGGGGGGUUAUGCUUUUCCGUGCAGUGUUCAAGGAACAUGGAGAAGUCAGUGGCAACGCUAGACAAAGGCACGACUUGCUCGGCAUGGAACUACUGUGGGCAGAGGCUGGCCGCUGGCUCCGUCGAUGGCAGCCUAUGCAUUUUCGACGCGUGUGACCCCGCUUCUUCCUCCUUUUCCCGCACCUUCAAAAUCAAGGUUCAUGAGGCUAGUAUUGUGAAGGUUGUUUGGGUUCCUCCUGAACAUGGUGACGCAGUAGCCUGCAUUUGUGCUGAUGGGAGUUUAUCUUUGUGGGAGGAGGUAGUAGAAGAUUCACAACCUCUUGAAUGGAAGCUUUGUAAAAGCUUUGAAAGCAAGGCGACUAAAGUGUUGGAUGUCCAAUUUGGAGCCUUGCAGACAAGUUUGAAAACGGUUGUGGCAUACUCAGAUGGUCAUGUGAAAGUCUAUGAGCUCUUGGAUCCCUUGGAGUUGAAGAACUGGCAGCUUCAGGCUGAAUUUCAGAAUGCUAUUGAUUCAGUAUCUACAUUUGGGAGGGCUAAUUGCUUUUCUGCAUCUAUUUCUUGGAAUCCACGAAUGGGUGAAAACCAGGAAUCAAGCUUUGUUCUGGGUUUUAAUUCAGAUACACCACAACUGAACUCCCCAAAGAUAUGGGAGUUUGAUCUGGCCCAUCAACGAUGGCUUCCAGUUGCAGAGCUGGCUUUGCCUGUAGACAAAAGCGAUCAGGUUUUCGCUGUUGCAUGGGCAUCCAACAUUGGCCGGCCAUAUGAGAUGGUGGCUGUUGCUACUCACAAGGGAAUUGCAAUAUGGCAUCUAGGAUUGAACCCUGACCUGGAUGGAAGACUUUCAGUGGAAAACGUCGCCAUGCUCUCUGGUUUUGAAGGCGAGGUGUGGCAGAUGGAAUGGGACAUGAGUGGAAUGACCUUAGCAACAACAGGAACCGAUGGGAUGGUAAGACUCUGGCAGUCCAACUUGAAUGGCGUUUGGCACGAGGAAGCUGCAUUCGAUACCAGUUCUUAGACCUUCUGCUUCACAUUUAUAUAUCGCUGGUUUUGGUGGUAAUUUUUCUCUGCUGCCCGAGGGAGAACAUAGUUUCAACUGCUAAGGUUUCCUGUUGUGAUUGGUUAUCGAAAUUUGUUGUACUGUGUGAUGUGUUUUUGUUUCAAUCUGAAAAGAGACACAAGGACUGGUCCAUUUGCAUUCAACGGUCCAUUUGCAUUCGCUUUA